GUGUUUGGUUCACUAAGAUGAUGAAAAAUGAGAAUUUUAUGACACAUUUGUUCUAUCCUGACUGGAUCUCGUUGGAAAUAGUCAACUCUCACGAAUAUGGGUGUGGACAUCUAUCGAUUCGAUUCAUAAAUAGGUGGAAUUAGGAUAUUAGUGCUCAAAAAAUAUGACUAGAACCGAAUCUAAAGCUGAUUUGGUUCAAUUCUAUGCAAUCUAAAUUCAAUUUCAAUCUACUUUUCUUCAAACUUAAGAAAAUUCUCUAGGAUUGAGACAAAAAUAAACAAUUUUUUAUACAAUCCGUUUCGAUUCAAAUAUUGAUUCGGGUAAAUUUCCGAUUGGAGUGGAUCAAAUCAUUGCUCACUCCCACCCACCAAUCUGCGUGGUGGACUGGUGGUAGUGUUUUGCAUGGAGAUUUACCAAUACAACUGGGCCUUUGGGCCUGAAAGAAUCCCCUUCGGACCAAACAUUAAAUCAACUAACAACGGGCCCAUUACAAAAAAAGCCUGCAAAGUGCGGGCCCAUUGAGGCAUUCUUUCCACGCUCUCUGUUUGUUCGUCUGGUUAUCUGCUAAUAACGAAUGAAUUUGCAGUUGAAAUUGAACAUGUGGAUGGGUGGCUAGAGCCUGGAAAACAGCUUAUCUCCUUCUCCUUCAUGUUUCAAUCGAAAGUUUCCGACUUUACUUCCCAAUUCCACAACACAAAGAGGGAAGUGAACUGUGCGUUCUUGUUUUAGUGAGCGAACGGCGAUGGCUGGUCCUCCGAAACUGUGCAGCAGCAUCCAUGGCGGGAAAUCCCUUUUCCCAUUUCCCGCUUCUUCUUCAAGCUUGCUUGCCAAACCCAUCUCCCCCCUGAAAACUUACAACGGUUCUGCUCUCCCCACUGGAGGAUUGAGCUCCGGGCAUGGCUUGUGGAGAAGAGCUACGGGAUUGAAGUGUAGAGCGACAAGCACACCAGCAUCAGUACAGCCAGUGACUGAUGGUGUGGUGGUGGAAGACAAGUCCAAGGAGAACUUGGUCAGUGGGGAUUCCAUACGCCGGAGGUUUAUUGACUUCUAUGCUUCCCGUGGCCAUAAGGUUCUGCCAAGUUCUUCUCUUGUGCCUGAUGAUCCAACAGUACUUCUUACCAUCGCAGGGAUGCUUCAGUUUAAGCCCAUAUUCCUUGGGAAGGCUCCAAGAGAGUUUCCUCGAGCAACAACUUCACAAAAGUGCAUUCGUACAAAUGACGUUGAGAAUGUUGGUCGAACAAGUCGGCAUCAUACAUUCUUUGAGAUGCUUGGAAAUUUUAGCUUUGGAGAUUACUUCAAGCGAGAAGCGAUUAAAUGGGCAUGGGAGCUUUCAAUAGAGGAAUUUGGGCUUCCAGCUGACAGUGUGUGGAUUAGCAUAUAUGAAGAUGAUGAUGAAACUUUCAAAAUAUGGCAUGAAGAGGUUGGUGUUCCUGUUGAGCGAAUAAAAAGAAUGGGUGCAGAAGACAAUUUUUGGACUAGUGGGCCAACAGGUCCUUGUGGUCCAUGCACUGAGCUUUAUUUUGAUUUUCAUCCUGAAAAGGGAAAUGGUGAAGUGGAUCUUGGGGACGACAGUAGGUUUAUAGAGUUCUACAACCUAGUGUUCAUGCAGUACAACAGAAAGGAUGAUGGAUCACUUGAGCCUUUGAAGCAGCAAAACAUAGAUACUGGGCUUGGUCUAGAGCGGUUAGCUCGCAUACUCCAAAAGGUUCCCAACAAUUAUGAGACCGAUUUGAUCUAUCCAAUCAUCCAAAAGGCCUCGGAGUUGGCAAAUGUUCCGUACCAUGGUGCUGAUGAUAAGAAGAAAAUGCAACUUAAAAUUAUAGGAGAUCAUAUGCGUGCAAUUGUAUACCUAUUAUCAGAUGGAGUCCUCCCUUCAAAUGUUGGCAGGGGCUAUGUGGCUCGUCGCCUUAUAAGAAGGGCUGUUCGAACGGGAAGGUUGCUUGGGAUAAAGGGGGAUUGUAAAGGUAACAUUGAAGGAGCAUUUUUGCCAGCCAUUGCUGAAACAGUUAUUGAAAUGAGCACUUCCAUUGAUCCUGAAGUAAAAGUGAGGGCAUCCCGUAUUAUUGGUGAGUUGCAAAGGGAAGAGCUUCGUUUUGUACUGACUCUUGAGAGGGGAGAAAAGUUGCUUGAACAAAUGUUAUCUGAAGCACUAUCAAGUGCCAAAAAAAUUGGAAGAUCGCCAUGCUUGUCUGGAAAUGAUUUGUUUCUUUUAUACGACACGUACGGAUUUCCAGUUGAGAUCACAACCGAAGUUGCUGAAGAAAAAGGGGUAGAGAUAGACAUGGAAGGUUUCUAUGUUGAGAUGGAGAACCAAAGGCGUCAAUCUCAGGCCGCACACAAUGUUGUUAAGCUUGAUGUUGAAAAUGGUGGAGAUCUUGCUGAAAUGGUUGCAGAUACAGAAUUUCUGGGAUAUGACACCCUUUCUACGAAGGCAUUAGUCCAAAGCCUAUUACUGAAUGGGAAACCAGUGUUGCAGGUUUCUGAAGGAAACGAAGUAGAAGUUUUGUUGAACAAGACACCGUUUUAUGCCGAGUCAGGUGGUCAAAUUGGGGAUCGGGGUUAUCUCUAUAUAACAGAAGAUGAAAGUGAACGGACAGCUGUUGUGCAGAUACAAGAUGUUAAAAAGUCUCUCGGCAGUGUGUUUGUUCACAAGGGAACCAUUAAAGAAGGAGUCUUGGAGGUUGGCAAAGAAGUGGAAGCCAAUGUAGAUCCAAAGUUGAGGCAACGAGCUAAGGUCCACCAUACUGCCACUCAUUUGCUACAGUCUGCACUCAAGAAAGUUAUCGGUGAGGAAACAUCACAAGCUGGUUCAUUGGUGGCUUUUGAUCGUCUCAGAUUUGAUUUCAACUUUCAUCGGCCACUUGUCGAUAACGAGCUGGAUGAAAUUGAAAGAUUGAUAAACGGAUGGAUAGGUGAUGCAACACUACUUCACACUAAAGUUUUGCCCUUGACUGAUGCUAAAAAGGCAGGAGCUAUUGCCAUGUUUGGAGAAAAAUAUGGAGAGGAGGUACGCGUCGUGGAGGUUCCUGGUGUAUCCAUGGAACUUUGUGGUGGAACCCAUGUCAACAAUACUUCUGAAAUUCGUGCAUUCAAGAUAAUAUCAGAGCAGGGGAUUGCAUCUGGAAUCAGGCGAAUCGAGGCUGUUGCAGGUGAAGCAUACAUCGAGUAUAUUAACGGAAGAGAUUCCCAAUUGAGACGACUCUGUUCCACUCUCAAAGUCAAAGCGGAAGAGGUUACAACCAGGGUAGAUAACUUAUUAGAAGAGCUACGAGCAGCAAGAAAUGAAGUAUCAACAUUGCGUGCAAAGGCUGCAGUGUACAAAGCAUCUAUAAUUGCCAGCAAAGUGAUCUCUAUAGAAGCUUCAAGUCCAAUUAGGGUCCUAGUCGAGAACAUGGAUGAUGUGGAUGCCGAGUCACUCAAAAGUGCAGCGGAGUAUUUAGUGGACUCACUGCAAGAUCCAGCAGCUGUUGUCUUGGGGUCCGCUCCGGAUGAAGGGAAGGUGAGCCUUGUGGCAGCGUUUUCUCCAGGAGUUGUCAAAUUGGGUGUUCAGGCAGGGAAGUUCAUAGGGCCUAUAGCCAAAUUAUGUGGAGGAGGAGGCGGUGGAAGGCCGAACUUUGCUCAGGCUGGUGGUAGGCAGCCCGAGAACCUGUCCAGCGCAUUGGAAAAAGCUCGAACAGAUCUUUUAUCAGUUCUUACUGAAAAGUCCAGUCAAUAAUCAACUUAUAUAACUCUAGUAGAUCUCUGCAGAAGAAUCAGUCAUCAACAACUGCUAGGCUCUACCAUGCACAUAAAUAUUUGCCGUUUUGACAAAGAAAGCAAGGAGCUACAUCCUUACCUUGGACUGUUCUUCAGCAUUUCCAGCGCGAGGAACUGGGUACUUCCCUUAUUCGUGUUCUGGAUAAAGCCACAACCAGCAUCUGUCAAUCAUGAAAUGUGAUAUAGAAACUGGUGAUUUUUCCCCCAUCUUCUUGCUGCAGAUAAUUGUCGAUGGCGAUCGUGCAGUUGCAGUUCCAGCAACGGUUGUGCUGAUCAUUAGUGGGGAAGAUCUUUGUGAUUGUUUCUGGCUUUCUGCAUGCAUUAUUGUAAUGUAGGAUGAUGAAAGCUUAAUGCUAACCAUCCAGAAGCAGGAUGGGCUGUCAAAGUUGUGUGUUUGAAUAGAAUGAGACAUACUUGAUUUAGGUAAAGAUUCUAGUAAUGUUUUGUGUACAUACAUUAUGAACACAUAUCAAAUAUACUUUCUGCAAUUCGAAAUGAAGCAUUUGUGUACAUACAUUAUGAACACAUAUCGAAUAUACUUUCUGCAAUUCGAAAUGAAGCAUUUGUAUGCAUAUUAGUAGUUUUUUUUCAAGUUGAAAGGUUAAAUGCAAAAUGAAACAACAGAUUCUAAUCCGAGACUUUUCCUAGUCCUAGUUAGGGUGUCAUCUGAAUUCAAGGCCAAACACUUAAAGCUACAUAACUAGGCGGCCAAGGUUUUGUGCCAAGGUUGGAAGAAUCAACCAGAAUCCGACAAAAUAUAUGUUUUUAAAUCUACAGACGUAUAAGUUACAAUAUAUUAUAUUCCAAUUCUCAAAGGAUGAAAAGAAAAACUUAAAGCUAUAUCAGGACUAUCAUUCUUCAUUGUCCUAGACUCCUAGUAGGAUUUUGUAUUAUGUUUCUUGCCAUAAAAGUAACGGGUGCAA